GCCCCCCCUGCCCUCCCGCAGCCCUGCAGCCUCUCCCCAGCAGCAAAGAGAACCAAAGCCUUUCACUGGGACGUCGUUCCUUGUGACAAGAUUCAGAAAUCUGUCUGGGGCUCGUGUGAGCCGUGCAGGAGGAAGAUCGAUGUGUGCAGGCUGUGCGAGCAGUUCCAGAGCCAGGACACGGCGGUGCUGCUGGACAGCGAGCCUCCGGUGAAUCAGCACAUCCUGCUGGACACGAAAGUUGCUCACAACUUCAAUAUUUUCCUUAAAAGUUUCCACAUCAAACCAGGCGAGCUGAAGGACAAACUGUUCAUCAUCCACGAGGAGAGCGGCGGGCUCACAGACGAGCAGAUCACAGCCCUGAGAAGGUACUUGCCCACGCCCAAAGAUGCAGAAAGGUACCUGUCCUUCAAGGGCUCCUGCUCAGAGCUGCACGUGGUGGAUCAGUUUAUGCUGGAGAUGUGCAAGAUCCCCCAGCUGGGGCAGCGCCUGGAUCUCCUGCUCAGAGCCCGGGAGCUCCCCCAGAGCAUCCGAGACCUGCAGCCCCUGAUAAUCCAGAAUAUCCAAGCCAGCAAGCAGCUGCAGUCCAGCCCAAAGUUUGUGGCUGUCCUGGAGUACAUUUUGGCCAUGGGGAACCACCUGAAUGAAAAAGCUGGGAAGGAGGCGGCCAGAGGAUUCCGGCUGUCAUCUCUGGCCAAACUGCCCCUGCUGAGGGGCAGGCACAGGACGUUCACCCUCCUGCACGCCCUGGUGGAGCAGAUCCUCCUGCACCAGCCCGAGCUGGCCUCCUUCCCCCAGGAGCUGACGGAGUUUGAAGCUGUCCCUGAUGCGUCCAUGAAGGGGCUCAGUGCUGAAGUUGAUGUUUUAAAAAAAGAAUUGGAGAACCUCAUCCAGUGCAGGAGGCUGAUUAAACCCAAAGCAAGCAAGGCAACAGCGCAGGAGUCCCAGUUCUGCAAGGAGCUGAAGGAUUUAAUUCAGAAAUAUGAAGGGGAUCUCUCCCAGCUGUCAAAAAGAUGUGAGGAAAUGAAGAAGCUUUAUAGCAACGUGCUGGUGAAGUUUGGGGAGCCACCAGACCUGGACUCCCAGGAGCUCUUUGGGUGGAUUUCCUCGUUCAUCAGCGAGUUUAGGAAGGCGUGUGCUGAGCUCACACCAUGAGAACACAAAUCUUGUGGGGAGGUGAGGGAAAGAGCAGCCCAGGAAACAAUUUUUAAUUGGUUUUUUCUUUACUGAUGAGCAGCGCCUUGCCAAUCUCACCUGAGCAGCAGAGCACCUUGAUUUUGAGAGAAAUUCAAUUUACAAGGUGUCAUUUUAAGUGGUAUUUAACCUGUAAUAUCCCAGAUCACUUAUGAGCCCCUCAGUUCUGUGCUUUUGUACCUUGAGAUUCCCAUACACUGAGAAAAAAACACUUUUGACCUUUUGUAAUUUCUCUCUUCCAUCUUUUCCUUUGAAUGUUCCAGCUUCUGACCCAGUUUUAAUUAUUAUUUUCAGUUAGUAACUUUCUGAAGGGUGAUCUAAUUUCUAAAGAAUGCUUCACACAUUUUAUAAUGAAGUGGGGAGCUGUUACCCACAGAGAAUAUUUAAACAAAUUCUUGUUUAUUUUGCUAUUAAAACAUUGCAACCUAAGUAUGUAAUGCAAAAAGUACCUGGCUGAGUGUUUUAUUUUGCCUUGUCCCCACUAGGUAGGACAAUAAAAUAGUGCUUUUUAUGCCUAAUGUCAUGUAUUUGCCAUAAAUACCAUAGAAAUUAAUCAAUAUACAAGAUUUGCAUUGGCAGGAGGAGAAAAAUGUCAGAGCAGCAAAAUAAA